AUACUAGCAGCCGGCAAAAAGCAGCCGGGUGCCUGAAGUGCAGCGUAGACACAUUCAUGCGAGAGCUAGACGCAACUAUAGUAGUAGUAACGUAGCCGUGGUAGCGAAUAAUCAACUGCUCCCGUCGCAGCUGUGACCUGUGCUUCGCAGCGAGCGCCAACAUGCUGCCCGCGUUUUUCGCAAACAGCGUCGCGAACACGAUGCGGUCGGCAGGUGGCUUGCGCAGCCAUAUCAGGUCGCAAUCGACGACCCAGCCCCCAAGGAGAGCGGCGGCCCGGAACCGGACAACGUCCGAGACGUGCGCCACCGUCACGUUGCUUUCCAAGAUUGCGUCGCGGUCCUCGACGCAGAGCAGUUCCGCGGCGUCCCGCUGGACGACGCCAGCCGGCGCGUUGAGCACGGUCCUGAAACACCAGAGGAUCACAACAUCAAAGUACUUGGCUGCGGACUCGGUCCCCAAUAGCGCAUCGGCGCGCAACGACACGCCGGGCACGGGGGCGCUCGCGAUCGGGUUCUCGCUCUACCAGCACAACGAGUACCUCAAGGGCGCGCUGCUCCGGGACAAGUCGGCGCUCCUCGACAAGGACCUCUUAGUCAAGGCGUUUCGACACAUGGGCGACCGCGCGCCGACGACCGUCGAUGGGAUCGCCGAGCUCAGCGUGUGGGACCUCAAGAAGGCCUUGCACGUGUGCGCCAUCGACACGGCGCUCAUGGAGGACAUCACGUUCGCGAUCAUCUCCGGCCUCUUGAUGAAGCUCCGGGGCGCGUAAGGAGUCAAUCCACGAGCCCCGUGGGAUAGUCCCCGGGUGGGGCUGCGAG